GUUUUAAAGAAAGCGAGAAUGACUAAAAAAGGGCAAGGCAAUUCAAAUAUAGCAAAUGGGGAAGUGAUAGAUACACUUGUAAUUCUUUCAAGUGACCUUGUUCAAGUUGUUGCAAAGGGGGUUCAGCUUCCAGCUGAUGGUUAUGCUGGGAAUGUGGCUUGUAACAAUGCUGAAGCUGUUGUGGAGUCUAUUCCUUCUACAGAAUUUUCAGUGAAUGAUGUUGAGAAAUCUAUCAAGUCCACUGUUUGUAGAGAGAAUGGUGAACAGUUAAGGAACUCAAUGCAAAAUGAGAAUGGAUUUCUUCCAAGUUUGAUUCCCUCAAAUGCUAAAAAGGAUCAUGAGGGGAGAAAUGUUGCCGAGAUUAAAGACACCUCUGGUGCUGCAAAUGAUUGGAGACAAUGUGGAUAUGAUGGGUUGCAAGGACACAAGAAUGAUGAUGAAAAAGUUUUAGAGUUUUCUCAGGAAGAAAGUGCUACUAAAGAUUUAGGCUCAAGUUCAACCUGUAAGUCAAUAUCCAUGUCACUUGUCUUAUUGUUUAAAAUGUUUUGAUAUUUAGAAGUAGCUUAAUCUCUGUGAUAUUUAUAAGGAAGGAUUCUCUAUGAGGAUAAUAUUAAUUGGAAAGCCUCUAUUUUGACAUGGACUUCUGAUGUUAAGAUUAUCAAUUAGUGAAGGAGUG